GAUCUCGCUCCAGAACUUGAUCACGCUCCAGAACUUGAUCACGCUCCAGAACCUGACCACGUUUUGAUCAAGACCUAAAAUUGAUUUAAAUUUCAAAAGGGUUUUGAUUAAGACCUCCGCAGGUUUCAGAAUACGCCGUAGGAAUUGAUAUAAGAUGUUUAGGAAGCAAUAAGUACUUCGCUACGUCCUAGAAUUUGCAUGAUUCAAUUUAGUCUGUUUUAAAGUCGAGUUAGACAUGGUUUUACUUUAUUCUUUUCCUAAGAGGCACUAAAACAUCCCAGAUUUUGCCAAAGAUCAUAUUCAUGGCAGCGAGAUGGGAAGAUGAUUUGCAAGGUUAUGACGUGGGUCGUUUUCAAGGAGAAGUCAACGAAGAUCUGCUUUGUUCCAUUUGUCAGGAAGUUCCAAAGGAUCCCAGACUUUGCCAACACAAAGAUCAUAUAUUUUGUUUCGCUCAUAUAUCACGACAUCUCGUUCAAAACUCUCAAACAUGUCCAGUUUGCAGAGAUCCUCUGACUCAAGAAACCUUGAGACGACCAACAGGAUUUCUGAAGAAUUAUUGGGAAGGUCUGAAAAUCAAGUGUGAUCAUCAUGAACGAGGAUGUCCUGACUACGUUCGUCUGGAACAUCUUUCAAAACAUGUCGAGGAAUGUGGAUAUGCUCCUGUCAUGUGUCGUAAUGAAGGAUGUGAUACAGAGGUAAAUAGAAGAGAUAUUGAAACUCACGAGAAAAAUUCCUGUCAAUUCAGAAUGGACAAAUGUCACGACUGUAAAGAUAUCAAGGAAAAUGUGGAUGAAACAAAUGUUCGAAUGGCUGCGAUAGAAAGAAAUCAGGAUGAAAUGAAAAAAAACGUGGAUGAAAUGAAGGCAAGUCAGGUUCAAACGAAUGUUCAAAUGACUGCGAUUAGAUGUAAACAGGAUGAGAUGAAGAGUAAUCAGGAUGAAAUGAAAAAAAAUCAGGAUGAGAUGAAGAAAAACGUGGAUGAAAUUAAAGCAAGUCAGGUUCAAAUGAAUGUUCAAAUGACUGCGAUUGGAAACAAACAGGAUGAGAUGAAGAGAAAUCAGGAAGAGAUGAAGCAAAGUAUGAACGAGAUGAAAGAACAGUUUGAGAAAAUAAUGAUGAUGAUGAACCAAACAUUUCAAAGAAAUAAUACAAACAAGAAUGGUGCUAGCGCUAUGAAUCAGACAGGUCCAGUCAACAAUCAAGAUGUUAUUAUUAUUGGUGGUCGGUAUGGCUCAGGAAGUGGCGAGGUAUUAAAUACAGUCGAGAAAUACAACAUAGUAGAAGGAAAGUCAACUCCGCUGCCACGAUUGAAUCAUCCUCGAACAGCAUCAGUAUCGUGUGUUUACAACAAUGACGCUUUUGUCGUUGGUGGUUACGAUGGUAAAGGAGCAACUGACACGAUCGAAGUUUUGAGGAUGAACCAACAUCCUUUUCGAUGGACAAUGUUUUAUGGUAAACUGCCUGUCAAAUUAUCUGGUCAUGACGUCAUAGUUCAUCAAGGAAAAUUAUUCACAAUAGGAGGAUAUGACGGGAAUGAAAGAAAAAUAUCGAAUGCCAUUUAUGAGAUCGCUCUUACCCCACCUUAUACUGCCAAGCUGCUGACGAGAAUGCAUCAGGAAUAA